CGGAUCGUGUUCCAAACAAUCUGAUCCAGCUUUACGUGAGAGCGGUCACCAUUAAGUCAAAGUCAAACGCCGCGGUUGGACCUUUAGUCGCCAGAAGAGUGAAGAGAGCGGGCGAGUCUGACGCCGCGGUUGAACCCAGAAGAGGGAUUAGAGGUAUGUAAUUUUUUUUUUCAUCACAGAGUCGAGAGUCCAGCAAGAUCAUCCAGGGCUUUCGAUUGUUCCCCAAGAAGCGUUCCCUGCUGCCGCCGCAGCUGCUGCCGUCGCCACGGCAACUUCAGCCGCUACCGUUCUGUGACCGACAUCAUCCAUCAGCAAGAGGCGCGGGAGAAGAGAGAUCUCUUAAAAUACGUGUUGAAGAAGGUCUGUAAAAGGCUGCUGUAAAGUGUGUUUUUUUUUUUUUUUCCUUUUCUUCUCAAUAAGGAUUCAAACAUGGAAAACUGGGAUUUGGCCUCUUUGUUUGAUUUGUGUCAGAGUGACAUGAUUCCUGUGCAGUUAGAACAAGCUGUACACGAACUUAACCAUCUAACACCAGAGCCUCCGCUGCCUGUUUCUGUAGCAUCAGACCCGACGACCAAUGAAAAUGUAAAUGAUUCAGAUCCUUUUGAUCAAAUAAACCAAAGCUGUUUUGGCACAAAUUAUUUUCAGCCUUUGGAAAACGCUCUCCAUCAAAUCACCCAGCCACAGGCAAACGAAUCAUCAGAGUCUCCGAUUAUGACUCAAAAUGUUGUCGAUGAAAAUGAAUUAAUACCCUCUCAGCAGGGAGGAGGAGGAGGAGGAAAGUUGAUGUGUGAAGAGUUAAACUCUCCCUCCUUCUCCUCCUCCCCAGAAGUUGAAAACGAUCAGGUCGAUACACCGGCCCCCUCUUCCGACCCGGCCCCCUCUGCCCCCACCUCUCCCUCCUCCUCCUCCUCCUCCUCCUCCGUCUCCUCUGGGCCUUCAUCAACCAGACCUGAAAAUCACACUCCGACGAUUGUAAGAGGAGAUCGCUGCAACAAUCGAGAAAUUAGGCAGUUUUUAAACAUUCCCCAACCUGACGCAGUACCCGAUUACGCAUCAUUUUACUCAAACGUAAUGGAAAACCUCCACGAUCUGGCCGACCGAGUAAUGUCGAUGGUCCGCCGAGAUGAUGCGAUUCAGGUGGAGCUGAGAGGUGAAAAUGUUCGCAGUCACGUUAGCGCAGUUAUAAAUAAAGAGGACUCGGUCCUAACGACCUUUGAAUCAUUGCUCGAUCGUCUGGUUCAGUCCAACAUGGCAGUUAUGCACGAUCCCAGCUUGGAAUUAAUCAUCCAGGUUGUGGAAAAGCCCACAGGAGGCGGUAAACGUAAGUUAGAAAAAACUCUAGACCAGGGACUCGCGCUUCGGAGGCCUCGUUGGUGCAUCCUCCUCUUCCACCAGCUCGCGCUUCAGAGGUCGACCGAGUAUCAGCACCGGCUUGACGGGCUUCGCCUUCACAACAUCCUCAACAGGUCCACGAGAAGGUUGAGGUUCCCGGCCAGAGCCAUGGCCAACAUUCCAGCCAGGGAUCUUGUCAGCCAACUGUACCAAGACCACCCAGUGUGCAACAGGAGAUGUCAAGCUUCCACAGUGGCUGCAGAGAGCAUGUGUCCCAUUUGUGAAGUUGUGUACCCUGCGGACAUCAUUGAGAUGCAUGCCAGCACCUGCAAUGACAGCUGGCCUACAAUGACAGAUGAAGAUGCCGACGAUGAUGAAUGCUCUUUGACGGACAAGAACCGCAUCACAGGUUACCUUCGCCAGUUCAUUGAAAAUGGACAAGCUUGA